CCUGACUACCAUGAAAGAAAAUAUUCACUCUCAGGAGCACUUUUACCUUCCAUAAUCUCAGACACAGCUGCCUUAUCUGUUUUAUCAAAAAAUAUACAAACACAAAUGGAUACUAGCGAGGAUGAGAUAGAGGAGGAUGAAAACGAGUGGAAGACCAGUUUCGUAGAUUCAGUCCCACUCAGCCCCGCUCCUGCUUCUGUUUCAGGUCCAAGCCUACAGAAGACCCUAGGACCAACACCUGCACACAGAGUUAUUUUGCAUUUUGACCUAGAUUGCUUCUAUGCUCAGGUGGAAAUGAUCAGAAACCCAGCACUAAGAGAAGUCCCUUUAGGUAUCCAACAGAAAUACAUCAUAGUCACCUGUAACUAUGUUGCAAGAGAGCAAGGUGUCACCAAGCUGAUGUCUGUGACAGCUGCUAAGGAGAAAUGUCCUCAGCUGGUGCUGGUUAAAGGAGAAGAUCUGACACAUUACCGAGAAAUAUCCUACAAAAUGACCGAGCUGCUGAUGUCCUACUGCCCACUGGUCGAGAGGCUUGGAUUUGAUGAAAACUUCAUGGAUAUCUCGUCGAUGGUUGAGAAUAGGCUCGCACAGACACCAGGGACUGAUACAAUUUCAUUCAAAGGGCACGUCUUCAACCAUUUAACUGCUGAUGUGGAAGCUGGUGAUCAUACAAGGCUGGCUUUAGGUUCACACAUUGCAGCCGAGUUGAGAGAAGCAGUCCACAGCAAACUGGGACUGACUGGCUGUGCUGGUAUCGCCACAAAUAAGCUACUGGCCAAACUGGUGUCAGGCACUUUCAAACCCAAUCAGCAAACCGCCCUCCUGCCAGAGAAUAUCAGUGACAUCAUGGGCAGUCUAAGCGGUCUUCGUAAAGUACCAGGGGUGGGUCACCAAACCGCUAAAAGACUUCAAGCCCUGGGAUUGGUCAGUGUGAAAGACCUGCAGCUCUUCCCGUUGAGUGACUUGGUGAAAGAGUUUGGGGCCUCCAGUGCUCAGCGGUUAAAGAAUCUGUCUCUCGGCGUUGAUGACUCACCUGUCACCCCAACUGGGGCCCCCCAGUCUCUCAGUGACGAAGACUCCUUCAAGAAAAUGUCAUCAACCAAAGAGGUUUUGGAAAAGAUACAAGAACUUCUGAGCAGUCUUGUAGAGAGGAUGCACAAAGAUGGCAGGCAGCCUCAAACCUUUAGGCUCACCAUUCGCAAAUACUCAGCGACCAACAAGUGGUUCAGUCGAGAGAGUCGGCAGUGUCCAAUCCCAAACCACAUCGGACAGAAGAUCUGCUCUGGCUGCUGCGAUGAUGCUGUGGUCCAGCUGCUCUCGCUGGCCUUGAAGCUCUUCCAUAAGAUGGUGGAAAGCAGCACGGCCUUCCACCUCACCCUCCUAAAUGUUUGCUUCAGUAACCUGCAGACCAGAGAGGCAGCCGCCAGCGGGAAGGGCUCCAUAGCAUCUUUCUUCACACACAGCACGUCUCCCAGGAAAACACAAAGCAUCUCUUCACAAAGCCAGCAGGAUGAUUCCUCUCAAACUGGGGAGAGUCUCUGCACGGAUCAUCAGUUCAUUACUCAACAAACCUCACAGAAGACCAAGCUCACAAAAAGCCCUCGUAGCCCUGGGGCAGCUUUACAUGGCUUUAAAAGAAAACAGAGCUCUACUGUUGUUGCUGAAGAAGGCCCUCCUCCUCCUCCUCCUCCUCCUCAAAAAGUGUUCUGCAGCACGGCCAGGUCAGACUGCGGUGAAACAAAUAACGAGACGACACAGCGAUUGCCCCCAAAUGUUGACCCCGAAGUGUUCAGGCUUCUCCCUGAGGACAUCCAGAAGGAGCUUUUGUCUCCUGUCUACACAAACGCUCUCGUCAACACUUCAACAAGCUCAGCCACAGAAGCUGAAGUCUCCCACACAAGAGAAAACAAGACUUCACUUUUAUUUACAGGCGCCCGAAAUAUUAAGGACAAAAAAGAGACUGUGGAUCCAUGUAACUUAACAACUGUAAAACACCAAAGUGCUGCAGGCCAGAGCUUAUUUCCAGGAGAAAACGUCAUGGAAGAGGGGAGGCUAUCAUUCUCCCGGUCUUCUGACUGCGAGUUCCCAGGAAAUGUGGACCCUAAGGUGUUUUCUGAGCUACCUCCGGAUGUUCAGGCCGAGCUGAUGGCUGAAUGGAAGCAACAGAAGCCGCUCCUGAAGGAUCCUUCAUCCAGGAAACCUGGAAGGAGCUUAAUGACAAAAGACAGAAAAGCUGCAGGAAAAGGCAGUCAGACUAACAAUCUCUUCAAGUAUUUCAAACCCAGUUAGGCGUUUUAUUUUGUUAUUAGUUACCUCAAGGAAAAUGUUGUUGUCAUGUGAUACACAAAGGAAGUGAACGAGAGAAAAUCAAGCUAUUAAAUAAGUCUUCUGCUUAAGACUGUUUGAGGAUAGUUUAUCAAAAUCAGAAAAUGAUGCUGCAAAAUAAAUUAAAUAAUGAUGCUGCAAAAGAAUGAAGGACUGAGGGUGUCAUUAAAAUGACUUUAACUCUUUUAAUUGAUGUGUAACUGAAUAUUUAAAACAGGAUUCUUUUUACACAUAUCUGUUAAAUAAAUCCAUAAAGUCUCUACAUUACUGAUACAUUCAUAAGUUACCAUGGCGUUUUUCAUGAAUAUAUUGAUCAUAUAUUUGUUUGGUAAUCUUUUAAUAAUCAUUUUGAUCAACCUUUAAAAUAAAGCAAUUCAAAUAGAUUUAUUCGUCUCAUUUUAAAAGAUGACAUAUCCUUUGUAUUGUUUUAUUACAUAAGAUCUUAUUCAGAUCAUUUUCAUGACACCUGAUGUUCUACAGAAACAAAAAGUUCACUUUUGGAGUUUGCUUUUCUGUUUUUUUGUCCACUCUUUGUUGGUGUCAGGUUCCUUUUUGGAAUAAAGAACACGUUUGUUUAAAAGUG